AUGUUUAGUGAACAAAAUCGAGCAAGUACAAAGUUGAUGAAGUCAAGUGAACCGAAAGUACAUGAAUUUUUCAUAGGAAUAAAAAUACUCGUGCAAGAUUGGGCUGUUUGUCGUAUCAUGUCACAUUUUAUUCAUUCAUCUUCGAUGUCUACAGAAGCAGAACAUCAUUAUCGAAUCAAUACGAAAAUUGUGAACAUUGUGACAUUGGAAAACAAACCACUCAAGCGAAUACAAAGUUUUUCUUCUUCUUAUUUUGCUGUACUUUGGAGAAGUUCAAAACUUUAA